AUGCCAUUCACCACUACCAACCAGGCAUUCACCCCAACUCGCGUCACCAAAUCAGCCAAUGGUGCCAGAGGUGCAAAGUCAGCUACCGAAAAAACUGAUGGCUGGGCACCGAUCUUCGACGCAGCUAUGAAAGGCGACUGUGUGGCUAUAGAAAAGCUUAUUACGGGUCCUAAAGAUACCCAAGUUCGAUUCCUUGGGGUCUCACCUUUGCUCCUCGCGACCAUUGCGGGUCAUCUGGAGGCCGUCACAUUGCUUCUGAAGAAAGGAGCCGACAUCAACGACAGAGACGACGACAGUCGCACAAUCUUCACACUGGCACUUGACAGCAAUCAUAAAUUUAUCGCUGAUCAAUUGAUCAAAAAUCACCCAAAUGUAACGGUCACUGAUCCCCGCCUGGAUAAGGGCAAGGACUGGUUGAAGCAGCAGUUCGACAACAUCUGUUCUCAAGUCAAGGACCGCGAUAGCCAACCUCCAAAGAAGGUGCUGGACUACCUUCUUGCUUGGGAGUUCCCGGAUGAUAAGAAUCGAUCGGUGUUGGACGUCUACUGGGAACAUAUCCUGUUGCGCUUCAUCGGGGAUGUUCCGCGUGAUAUCCAGCGGAAUUAUUCACCCGAUCUCAACCUCGCCCUCAUCGGAACGUUUGACCGGAUGUUGAAGGGCCAUGCUGGUAUCAGGGAGUCAGCAAGAUUGCUGAAUAGCAAGCUACCUACGACUGGGUAUGGAAUUAUUGAUACGAUUGUCAGAUCGGAUAACCACUGGGUAACUGAGCGCUGGUCCUAUGAUAACAAACAAGGGAUUACGGUUGAGGAUGGCAUCGACUCCUUUUUGAUUGAUACGAAGGAAGGCAAGAUCACAAACAAGAUGAUCAACUAUCAUGUCCAAGGAGCUUGA